AAACCCUAACCGGCUAUAACCUCUUUCUCAGCCCCUCUGCUUAAGCCCUCUGCCCCAUCUCAGCCGUCACCGACACCACCGCCUUCCGCCACCGUUAAUACGAAACAAAACCACAAGUUUCUCAUUAGUAAAAGGUGAAUCAUUGAAGGUAGGACAAAAUGCAGAAUGAUGAAGUUAUAUGGCAAGUUCUUAGGCAUAAGCACUGCAGUUAUAUGGCCAAAAUUACUGCUGGGAUUUUUUGUCGGAACCCUUACAAUUUGACUGGAGUUUGUAACCGGAGCUCUUGUCCUCUUGCCAAUAGUCGUUACGCUACUAUCCGUGAUCAUGAUGGGGUAUUCUAUUUGUAUAUGAAAACUAUAGAGAGAGCUCAUAUGCCAAACAAGUUGUGGGAAAGAAUUAAGUUGCCUCGCAACUAUGAACAGGCACUUGAAAUUAUUGACAAAAAUCUGAUGUACUGGCCCAAGUUUCUUGUGCACAAGGCAAAACAAAGGUUGACUAAAAUGACACAGAUGCGGAUACGCAUGAGGAAGCUUGCUCUUAAAACAAGGGAGAAGAUAAUGACAACUCCUAGAAAAGAAAAGAAGAGAGAAUUAAGAAGAGAGGAAAAGGCAGAAAGGGCAGCAGUUUUGGAAAAGAAUAUUGAGAAGGAAUUGGUUGAGCGUGUUAAGGCAGGAGUGUAUAACGGCAUUUAUAAUGUUCACAUAGACGAGUACGAAAAGUUUCUUGAUAAAUAUCCGGUAAUAGAAGAAAAUGUGGAGAAUGAGGUGGAAGUUGAAUACGUUGAAGGGGGUUCUGAUCUGGAAGAUGAAGAUGAUAUGGAGGAUUUUGAUGGUCUUCCAACGGGAGAAACUGCUUCAGAUGAUGAUGAUGCAAUUGAUGACGAUGGAGACGACAGCGAUGAAGCAGAUGAAGUGGCGGUGAAUAGAAAGAGGGGGAGGACAGAUUCCAAAUAUGCUCAGAAGAAGCAGGAGAGGGAUGCUAAAAAGAAUAAAGGAAGAGUGCUUGUGGAGGUUGAGCAUGAAGACACAGAUAGAAGGCAGAAGGCAACUCUAUGAGUUGAAGAUAAAACACUAUUCUAGCUUUAACUUAUCACAUGUUUACAUGAAUGAGCCCGGAUCCAGUCCAACGGAAGCCUGAAGCCUUCAAAAGGGAUUUUUAGUGCUGUAAAAGUUUUGAUCCUUUUACCUUUGAUUUUGCUAUUUUAUGAAUAAUUAGUGGGAUACUAUUUAAGUUACGACAAGCAUCAAUUAUGGGGGUGUUCUGUGUUUUAGUUAAAAAUCCGGUAAUAUUGUUGGACAACUUGUGGUUUUUAGAUGAUUGGAAACGUCAUUACUAGUUAUAGUGGGGUGUGUGUGUAAUCUGAGUACUUUGUUUCAGUGUUUUUAUCACUUGCAAAGUGUUCUUGUCCAAGUGUAUUUAUAUGUAAUCAUAUCAUGAUUUAAGAAAUACUAUAUAAUGUUGGCGUUAGUUA